AUGAGUUUCGGAAACAGAUUGUUCCUCGUUUCACUCUUUCUUGGAUUUUCCCUCACUCGCUUCGGCUACAGCAACCAAGUUGUGCUGCUGGAUACGACAUCUGUGCUUGGAGAGCUUGGCUGGAAGACGUAUCCUAUAAACGGGUGGGACGCCAUCACGGAGAUGGACGAGCACAACCGGCCCAUCCAUACUUUCCAGGUUUGCAAUGUGAUGGAGCCCAACCAGAACAACUGGCUUCGCUCCAACUGGAUCUCUCGGCAGGCCGCCCAAAAGAUCUACGUGGAGCUUCGCUUCACCCUGCGUGACUGCAACUCCAUCCCUUGGGUGUCUGGUACCUGCAAGGAGACUUUCAACCUCUUCUACCAUGAGACCGAUGAGGCUCACGUUGUCAAAUUCAAGCCCCCACAGUACACCAAGAUAGACACCAUCGCUGCCGAUGAGAGCUUCACUCAGAUGGAUCUCGGAGAUCGCAUCCUCAAGCUCAACACGGAGGUGCGCGAGGUGGGACCCAUGACCAGAAAGGGCUUCUAUCUGGCAUUUCAGGACAUUGGUGCCUGCAUUGCCUUGGUGUCAGUGAGGAUUUACUAUAAGAAAUGUCCGUUCACGCUGAGGAACCUGGCCUCAUUUCCGGACACAGUGCCUCGUGUGGACUCUUCUUCAUUGGUGGAGGUGAGGGGGGCUUGUGUCGACCAUGCUGAAGAAAGAGACACACCCAAACUGUUCUGUGGAGCUGAUGGAGACUGGUUGGUCCCCCUGGGAAGAUGCGUCUGCAGCGUUGCGUAUGAGGAGAUUGAUGGAUCAUGUGCUCCAUGCCACCCAGGCUUCUACAAGGCAUAUGCUGGAAACACCAAGUGUUCAAAGUGCCCUCCGCAUAGUGUCAGCUAUGGAGAAGGAGCUGCUAUCUGCCGCUGUGAGACAGGCUUCUUCAGGUCUGAGAAAGAUCCUCCAACAAUGGCUUGUACACGCCCUCCAUCUCCACCCCGCAACCUGAUGUUUAACCUGAACGACACCUGCCUGAUGCUGGAGUGGUCACCUCCCAGCGACAACGGGGGCCGCCGGGAUCUCACUUACAACGUCCAGUGCAAACGCUGUGGCCCCGAGCCCGACCAGUGCCAUUUCUGUGAGGAGGAGCUCCGUUUCCUACCACGACCUUUGGGCCUGACCAACGCCACUGUCACUGUCAUGGACUUCUCAGCGCACGCCAACUACACCUUUGAGAUCGAGUCCCUCAAUGGUGUUUCAGACUUGAGCUCCUUCCCUCGACAGGUAGCCAUCAUCACCGUCAGCACUGAUCAGGGUGGUCCGUCUCUGAUUGGGACUCUGAAGAAGGACUGGGCUUCUCCAAACAGCAUCGCUCUCUCCUGGCGGCAGCCUGAACAAAUGUCACUAGUCAUCCUCGACUACGAGAUCAAAUAUUAUGAGAAGGAACAUGAGCAGUUGAGCUACUCGUCGACGCGCACCAAGGCUCCCAGUGUGAUCAUCUCGGGUUUAAAACCAGCCACCUCGUAUGUCUUCUGUGUACGCACCCGCACGCCAGCUGGAUACAGCUCCUACACCCACAAAUAUGAAUACAAGACGACCGGAGACUCAACAGACAUUGCCUCUGACCAAGGCCAGGUGUUGGUCCUCGUCACAGCAGCGGUUGGUGGCUUCACUCUGCUCGUCAUCCUCACUCUCUUCCUCCUGAUCACUGGAAGGUGUCAGUGGUACUUUAAGGCCAAGAUAUCUUCAGAGGAGAAAAGGAGGACCAAUUAUCAGAAUGGACAUGUCCCUUUCCCGGGAAUAAAGACCUAUGUGGACCCUGAUACAUAUGAAGACCCGACACAGGCUGUCCACGAGUUCACCAAGGAGAUCGACCCCUCCAGGAUCCGCAUCGAGAGGGUGAUCGGAGCAGGUGAGUUUGGCGAGGUGUGCAGCGGCCGCCUGAGAACACCGGGGAAGAAGGAGAUCGCCGUGGCAAUAAAGACACUGAAGGGGGGCUAUGUGGAACGUCAGAGGCGGGACUUCCUGCGUGAAGCGUCAAUCAUGGGCCAGUUUGACCACCCUAACAUCAUCAGGCUAGAGGGCGUGGUCACAAAAAGCAGGCCAGUGAUGAUUGUGGUGGAGUACAUGGAAAACGGAUCACUGGACUCGUUUCUGAGGCAACAUGACGGUCACUUCACUGUCAUCCAGCUGGUUGGCAUGCUGCGUGGCAUCGCCUCGGGCAUGAAGUAUCUGUCAGACAUGGGCUACGUUCACCGAGACCUGGCGGCUCGAAACAUCCUGGUCAACAGCAACCUGGUGUGUAAAGUGUCCGACUUCGGCCUGUCCCGAGUCCUGGAGGACGACCCGGAGGCUGCCUACACCACAACGGGUGGUAAGAUACCCAUCCGAUGGACUGCUCCCGAGGCCAUCUCAUACCGGAAGUUCUCCUCGGCCAGUGAUGCAUGGAGUUACGGCAUCGUCAUGUGGGAAGUGAUGUCAUAUGGGGAGCGGCCAUACUGGGAAAUGUCCAAUCAGGACGUGAUUCUCUCAAUUGAAGAGGGCUAUCGGCUGCCUGCACCAAUGGGCUGCCCCGUGGCCUUGCACCAACUGAUGCUGCACUGCUGGCAGAAGGAGAGGAGUCAUCGGCCCAAAUUCACCGAUGUUGUUUCCUUCUUGGACAAACUGAUCCGUAACCCCAGCAGCCUGCUGCCACUGGUAGAGGACAUUCAGAGUCUUCAAGAGUCUCCAGGGGAGGACAUGGACUACCCAAUGUUCAUCUCCAUCGGCGACUGGCUGGACUCCAUUAAGAUGAGUCAGUACAAGAGCAAUUUCAUGGCAGCUGGCUACAACACAUUGGAUUCUGUUGCGAGAAUGAGUAUUGAAGAUGUGAGGCGUAUAGGGGUGGAGCUGAUCGGCCACCAGAGGCGGAUCUCCAGCAGCGUACAGACCCUCCGCCUCCAGCUAAUGCACGAACAGGAGAAGGGUUUCCAUGUAUGA